AUGACUAGAACCCAUACCUGUACUGGUUUUGGAAGAAAAUAUGUAGACAUUGAUAUUUCUAAAACAGACGUUAGUAGAAGCUAUAAGGAUCAUUGUCGUAAUACCAUUAAAGUAGCAAGGGUUUAUGGUAAACCUGAACAAGGAUACAAGAGAUACACUCAUUCCUUCCCUGAUAGAUAUUAUAUUAGUGGCAUAUAUUACAAUAGAGUACACCAGAGUAGUAUAAAAGUAACUGAUGCAGGUCUCUAUGAAAAAAGGGUAACCGUAUACUAUCUAGACUAUGAUGAUACUAAUGCAGUUCCCCUAAUUGUGGGACUUGAAUGGACUUAUAGUGACAAGUAUGACUACUCUAGAAGAACUGAUCCUCUUGUGGCUACCAGUAAAUGGAAAGGAGAAGGAGUAGAUGUUAGCCAAGAGGGUCAACUUGCCCCAAAACUUAUAGAAAUAAGUGCCAAGUUAAGUGACCUUGUUGUACUUAGACUAAAUGCAGCGGGAGGGAUCUACUACGCCAACGGAGAAAAUAAUGCUCCACCAACAAAUCAAAAUACUCAAAUUAAAGUCACUGGGCCUUCUCCAAUCCAUAAAAUCUAUGAAAAGUACACUCACACUCCUGGCGGAGGAAUAAAUUCUCUGAGAGUCCUCUCGACUAAAGGCACUAAUAACAAAAAGAUGCCUUUUGAUCCUCCUGUUUAUGAAAAGAAGUAUAGUGAGGUUUGUGUCUAUUACUGGACUUUGGAUAAGACAUUUAAUAAUCCCCUACUUGUUAAACUAGGUAAUGAAGAUAACUAUUAUAAGUAUGCUGGGAGUGGAAAUAAUUGGAGUAAACUGGAUAAUAUAACCAAUGACAACCUCAAACAAAACCUUGACAGACAGAACUGCAGUAGAAACAGGGCUCAUCAAAUUGACAUUUCAAAGAAUACUCGAGGAUCCUACACCUGUCCCGGCUGUACUUCCAAGCAUAUUGGAGUUUCCACCCAUGGUAGAGACUAUUCCUAUUACUUCCAUAAUAUUUCUGGUGGUGGCUCUAUUUGCGGAUUCAAGGAUAAAGAUAAGGAUCAAAUUGGAAUAACAUUUACCAGUAUAAUAUCGAAUGUGUAUGUUUAUCACUAUCCAAAAGGAUCUGAUGGAAUCCCACUCUUGAUUUAUCUUCCACUAUCAUCCAGUAGCUGGUACCAAAGAGAAUAUAUUGAUUCUCAUACCUGGACUAAAGUCGGAGGUAAUCAACUAACAUCUCCAUUUAGUGGUGGCACAGCAGCUAUACUAAACCUCCUAGAGGCUAAACUACCAACUGUUACUAUAAAUAUUGGACAAACAAAUGUCAAUAACGGUGGAAAUACUAAUACCUUUACAUAUAAAGAUACUUCCGGAUGGAGUACCGAAACAAUUCAGAUCACAAAGCAAGAGAUAAAUAGUGAAUAUACUAGUUUCUCUCAGUGCGUCCUGAAUAAAAAAUAUUUUGCGGUUAAGAAUAUCAAAUACAAUACCACCUUUCUACAAGGUAUACCACAAAAUCUGGUUGUUAAAACUGUAACCGCAUACUACUAUAAGGGUAGAUCUAACUUCACGCUUGAUAAGCUUCUGUUAGUUGAACUUGAGAAAAGAGGUACUGAUCAGAAAAGGUAUGCAUAUUAUAGCAGAGGGAGCGGAGGAUCUACUUGGACUAUUGUUUAUGAGAAUACUGAACUAAAGGACAUCGAACUUACCAAUAAACUUAAGGAGUUAAAGAAGAAACUUGAGGAUAAAGCAAAGCAAACAACAGAAGUUGAAGGUGCAUCCGGUAAAAAUGGUGAAAGGGGUGGUGAUGGAGUUACUGAUCCUAAUUCACCGAGCUUUGUUCAGCAAAUACUUGAUUUCAUUAGAUCUAAACCUGCUGAAAUAGGUGGAGGAGUUAGUGGAGUACUAGGAGUUACCGGAGGUCUCGUCGGUGUCGCUGUAUGGAAAGGACCUGCUCUACUCGCAAAACUAAUCACUCGUUUGUAA